GCUGAAAGAUUGUGAAAUCUAUUAGAGAGAAAAUCUACAGGGGAAAAAACAGUCAGCAGGGGUGUCCUAUUUAUGACUAAGAUCAAAGGAUUAAUCUGGUAUAUCAGGGAAUGCGCAGGUUCCUCUGCUGAGGAAACCAGUGGUUGAGCAUGAUUUUUAAAGCCCAGUAGGGAGAGAGCCUCUGACUACUACUAUGCAGGCACAAACAAGAACUGGCAGUGGAAGGUUAGUGGAGACAAGAAAACCAUAUUAUCAGAAGAGGAAGUGGGAAACAGGACCUGUGCAAAGCCUGCUCAGCUUGGAAGCCUGAGAAGGAGCUGAUCAAGGAGCCAGAGGAAAGUAGGAGGCUGGGAUUGGGAAGAAUCCAGGGGCCUGGACGGUGGAGGUUAGACUUGUUAAACAAAUUAUUCACUUGGCUUCGAGAUAGGACACUUAAAAUUCUGCUAUGAAUGGUGAUUCCAGUGCAACGGUGGUGACUUCACCACCCCCAACAACAGCGCCUCACAAAGAAAGGUAUUUUGAUCGAGUUGAUGAAAAUAACCCCGAGUACUUGAGAGAGAGGAAUAUGGCUCCUGACCUGCGCCAAGAUUUCAACAUGAUGGAACAAAAGAAGAGAGUCUCCAUGAUUCUGCAAAGCCCAGCUUUUUGUGAAGAAUUGGAAUCCAUGAUCCAGGAACAGUUUAAGAAAGGAAAAAACCCAACAGGCUUGUUGGCUUUACAGCAGAUUGCAGAUUUCAUGACAACAAAUAUACCAAAUGUCUACCCAGCGGCACCACAAGGUGGAAUGGCUGCAUUAAACAUGAGUCUUGGUAUGGUGACACCAGUGAAUGACCUUAGAGGGUCGGAUUCCAUUGCUUAUGAGAAAGGGGAGAAGUUAUUGCGAUGUAAAUUAGCAGCUUUCUACAGACUAGCAGAUCUCUUCGGGUGGUCUCAGCUUAUUUACAAUCAUAUAACAGCCAGAGUAAGUUCUGAGCAGGAGCACUUCCUGAUUGUACCUUUUGGACUUCUUUACAGUGAGGUUUCUGCAUCCAGUUUGGUUAAAAUCAAUAUUCAAGGAGAUAUAGUUGAUCGUGGAAGCACUAACCUUGGAGUAAACCAAGCUGGUUUUACGUUGCACUCUGCAAUUUAUGCCGCUCGACCUGACGUUAAAUGCAUUGUUCAUAUCCAUACACCAGCAGGGGCAGCGGUUUCUGCAAUGAAGUGUGGUCUUUUGCCAAUUUCACCAGAAGCACUCUCUCUUGGAGAAGUGGCCUAUCAUGACUACCAUGGUAUUCUGGUUGAUGAUGAAGAAAAAGUGUUAAUUCAGAAAAAUUUGGGACCUAAAAGCAAGGUCCUUAUUCUCAGAAACCAUGGCUUGGUAUCAGUUGGGGAGACCGUUGAAGAGGCUUUCUACUAUAUUCAUAAUCUAGUAGUUGCCUGUGAGAUUCAAGUACGUACUCUGGCCAGUGCAGGUGGGCCGGACAACUUAGUGCUGUUAGACCCUGGGAAAUACAAAGCCAAAUCUCGUUCUCCUGAGUCUCCAGCAGCUGAGGGUACUGUAUCCCAUCCAAAAUGGCAGAUUGGAGAGCAGGAGUUUGAAGCCCUUAUGCGAAUGCUUGAUAAUCUGGGUUACAGAACUGGCUACCCCUAUCGAUGCCCUGCUCUGAGAGAGAGAUCUAAAAAAUACAGUGAUGUUGAGAUUCCUGCUAGUGUCACAGGUUACUCCUUUGCUAGUGAUGGUGACUCAGGCACUUGCUCCCCUCUCAGACACAGUUUUCAGAAACAGCAGCGAGAGAAGACAAGGUGGCUGAACUCUGGCCGAGGGGAUGAUGCUUCUGAAGAAGGGCAGAAUGGCAGCAGUCCCAAGUCGAAGACUAAGUGGACUAAAGAGGAUGGACAUAGAACUGCCACCUCUGCUGUCCCUAACCUGUUUGUUCCAUUGAACACUAACCCAAAGGAGGUCCAAGAAAUGAGGAACAAGAUCCGAGAGCAAAACUUACAGGAUAUUAAAACCGCUGGUCCUCAGUCACAGGUUCUUUGUGGGGUAGUAGUGGACAGGAGUCUUGUACAGGAUGCUCCCCUCUCAGACUGUACGGAAACUAUUGAAGGGCUCGAUCUCACAGAGCAGGCCUUUAGUCCAGCUAAAUCUCUCUCUGUUAGAAAGGGAGAACUGGUGACUGCAUCGAAGGCAAUAAUUGAGAAGGAAUAUCAGCCACGAGUUAUAGUGAGCACAGCAGGACCAAACCCCUUCAAUAAACUCACUGAUCGAGAACUGGAAGAGUAUCGCAAAGAAGUGGAAAGGAAGCAGAAAGGUUCUGAAGAUAAGCUAUCAAAAUAUGGAGAGACUGUGGUAUUGAGACAGAAACCAGCUGGGAAGCCAAAUGUUUUACUUAAAAGUCACAGCUACAGGGAGCAAAAUUCUUCUGGGAAAAAACCUCUGGAGUUGCAAAGUAGGUCAAAAACCUUUCAAGGAGCAGUGAAAGAAGCAGAUCUGACGACUUUGCAGACUCAUGAAGGAUCAACACUAUCUAAAUCUUUAGAUAAUUCUGAGUUCUCUGCUGCACAAGUUUCUUGUCAGACCAUGCAGCAAAUCAUCACAAAUCUUAAUCAGGAGGAGCCAGAUGAGCAGAGGUCUCCACACAAGGAAUUUCACACAGCAGUCAUCAAAGCAUUAAGUUCCAAUCCUGACCUUUUGGCUGAGGCCUCAGAAGCUUCAGAAGAUGCCAGGCAACAGAAAGAAAAGAGUGCUCCUGAUCAUACUUCAGCCCGUACUCCUCCCAGCACACCAGUUAAGCUAGAAGAAGAGACACUGCAGGACCAGACUUACAAAGAUGACAGUGAUGCUGCAACUUUCAAGCAAACCCUCCCAGACCUCACCCCUGAUGAGCCUUCAGAAGCACUCGGCUUGCCAACCUUCGGAAAGGAGGAGGAGGAAGGUAGGUGCAGCGAAGAUCUGACCAAAAGUCAGACUGAGUCACCUGCUACAGAAAAUCAAGAGCCCCAGUCCCAACCUGCUGAAGAGGCAACAACGCCAACAGCUGAGGAGGGGACAGCAGCUGAUCCAGGUAGUGAUGAAUCUCCAGGAAAAUCCCCAUCCAAAAAGAAAAAGAAGUUCCGCACUCCUUCCUUCCUGAAGAAGAACAAAAAGAAGAGUGACUCCUGAAGGCCCAAUGCGCUGCAGAAACACUGUUGUAUUUUAAAAUCUAAAUUCAUUAACCACUAGAAUGUACCGGAUUGUACUGAGUGUUUUGUUGUCUUAUGUAAAGGAAUGCAACAAAUAAACCAACCAACCCCUCAAGUUAUAGCUUGAUUGUUUAAGGUUAUAACAAGAAAUUAACGUGCAGAAAGGUGCUAAACCUCUGUUCUCAGCAGCAAACCACAAAUUUGAUCCUUAAUUUGUAAACCAAGUUAAAUGGCUUCCAUGUGGAAGACAUUGAACCACUGUUUUUAAUUUAAAGCCCACACUGCUUUAUGUAUGAACACAAGUAUUUUUGACCAGGCCACGUUCACAGUGCAGUAUCUGCUCACUCCAGAAUGUGCUCUUUCCAAUGUUGUAUUCACCAGUCACAAGUGGAUUCUUUUUUAAAUAUUGCGUUUUAGAGAGGGUGCUUCUUUGUUUGCAUUUUAGAGGGGGCACAUUCUUGAACUGAGCUGUAUGCUUCUGCAAUCUGUGAUUACAGAUCAUGUUAUAGUAAGGCUUUGAGACUAUCCAUACCUUAUGCCUCCUGUCUUCUCCCUGCCACCUCCAGCCCCCAAUAACAACAACAAUAAAAGCUGCCUUUAACCCAUAUUCUGUUUUGUGAUAUAGCUGGAACUUGAACUUAACCUUGUGAUGUCUAACAGGACUGAACUGGUGAUGGUGUUUCCUGCUGAUACUGUGCAUUCAGCUUUUCUAAUAAAUGCAAUAUUGUGAAAACUGUCCUCCCCAACCAAAAUCAGAGACCAUCAGAAAUCACUUGCAUAGCAGUUUGGUCUUUAGAUACAGGUUGAAAACAAUUGUAUGUUAGACUUUUGGGACACUUUUAAUUGGUGAUCUAGAGCAUGGAGAGUUUUGGAUUGGGUCUUCAGUGCGCACAUUUCAUUGUUUUGAUAAAACUUCCCUGGGUGCAGAUGCAAAUCUGUUACAUAUAAGCCACAUUUGCAGGCUGGUAUCUUCACUCCCUCCCCUAAUAAAAAUGUAAACACAUUACACUGAACACUUAACAUAUGUUUUUAUAUUAACUCUUUUUCUUUUCACUUACUGUAGCUCGUGUUUCUUGCUUUGUGUUGCCAGCAGUAGUUAAGUCAGGAACAGAAAUCCCUCCCAGAGUCCUUAGAGGUACAUUUACUACCGGUUUUCCAUAAGCAUUUAGCACGUAGCAAAGUCAGGAAAAUCACUUUCGCCUUUUAUUUGCCAUCCUCUUCUAGUUACGAUCAUGAUUCUCUUUCUUUAUUGAGCACACACAGAGAUCCACCUUCAAAUUAUCUUUUUGAAAGCCAAAACAUCUUCUUUUGUUACCAAAGUGAACUUUCCAGAAACCUUAAUGAAUUCACCCCAGCUAUAAACCGAGAUGCUCCAAAUGUGAGUGUUCAAAAUGACACAUUUCUAUUUGUAACAGCAGAAAACAUUCAAAGAUUUCUCCGUGGGGGGAAAAAAUUGGCUUACAUGCAAUGACUAUAACUAAAAUGAAGUUCAGUAAUGGAUGUAUCAUAUGAGAUUACAUAAAAUACCUGUUUUAUAGUGAGAAAAAUAGCAGACAGUGAAUCCCUUGCGAUUGGUGCAGUGUGAAAGCAUUGAGCAGUAGAACAGAUUCAGCUAUAGUGCAAAAAUAAAGCCUAUAUUAGGCCUCAGAUGCGUUGAAAACUUGGACCAAAUUCAAGUGGUAAAAGGAAAACAAAUUUACAAGAUAUGACAAUAGCACUGUUGGGUGAGGAGGAAAAGGUUUAGUGGCAGUAAUUAACACACCAGAAAUCUGACUUCUCUUUUGGAACACAUAGAGGUAGGGUGGAAUUAGAUGCAACAGCAAAUCACUGCUUAAGAGUGACACCUAAACAAUGAUGUCUAGUAAGGACUGCAUGGCGCUAAUGGCUUUGAGCUUAUAUUCUAACCUAUGUCCUCUGUAUACUAGGGAGCAUUCAGUACUUAUCUUACUUUGCUAAAUUGUGUUUUAUUGCCAGGGUCAUAAUUACGUUACUAAGCCAUUGCUACAUGUUUCAGUUAAUAAUGGAGUCCUCCCUUUUAUCUUUGACCACAUAUGCAAUGAUUUUGAUUCUAAUUUUGUAGUUUGUUCUUUCAAUUCUUUGUAUUACACUAUGAAAUCUAGCUGUGUACGGUAUGGUUACACACGGGGGGGGGGAAACAGUCAUGUAUUUUUCUUUCUUUGUUGUAUCAUUAAGUUUUACUCACAAAUAAAAUUCUUCUUUAAAAGA